AUCAUUCCGCCAAUUGAUGAAAAUUCGAUCGUUACUUUUUGAGUUUAUUUAAAGUGACUAUAUUUAUCACUUUAGAGUUGGGAUGGCUGACCAUUUGCACUUAUCAAAUCCAGACAGACAGAACUUCCUCAAUUUAUUUUCAACUGUGGUUACCAGUGGUGGAAGGUCAGAGUAUCCGGUGCAGAAAUAAUUGAGAGCCUCGAGCAACAACCACAAAAUGAGGAAGGUGUUUCUACAUUUGGGUGCUCUCUUGUCAGCGGUCAUAGCCCAAGAUACUUAUACAAUUUCUUCGGAUCACAAAACACUAGAGUAUUGGAAAGAAGAUUGUGUUGGAAAAAGAAGAAUGGGAAUGAGAAUUCAUGACCUAUUUUUCGAGGAAAAACAACCAAAAAAAUUGAGCUUUCCUGAGUUCUGCUGUUCCGAUUAUUACAUUAUAUUUUCCAAUUCAUCAAUUCCCACUUUAGCGACAUCUUCAUUUGGUACUCGACCUACUUAUAUCGUAGAUAUGAUGUUGAACACUACGAAUAUUUCAAAGAUAUUACCAAAUACUUUCAAUGGACUGGAUCACUUGAAUUGUUUGGAUCUUUCUAAUAAUAAGCUUGGUGUAAUUGGAAAUGAAACAUUCAGUGGAUUAAAACGCUUGCAUAUCUUGAAUUUAUCCAAUAAUGAAAUAAAACUAAUUCAUAAUGACUCUUUUAAAGGCAUUGCUCUUGAAAAAAUCUAUUUACAAAAUAAUAUGAUUUCUUUUUUGGGUGACAGUGUGUUUUCGUUUCAAAAAGUAUCUCUUUCUGUAAUUGAUUUAUCAAGGAAUGUUCUGACAAAAAUUAAUAAUAUAUUUACACAAAUGACUUCGUUGGAUAAAAUAGAUCUCAGCCAUAAUAACAUUGAAAUGAUCAAUAUCUCUUCAAUAAAUUGUAUAAUAAUGUAUCUAAGAAAUAACAGCAUUAUAGAAACAGGCGCAAUAGCAGAAAGAACAAGAAUUUUAGAUUUCAACAAUAAUAAUUUGAAAUCAAUUGAAGUUUUGGGCAGCACUUUCAUUGAUUCAUUAAUUUUGAAACUCAAUCUUGGUCGAAAUGAGAUCGAGCUGAAUGACAACUCGCUAGUUGGUUUAAAUAAUUUAACACAUCUUCAUCUGGAUAAUAAUAAGAUCAAAAAAAUAUCUAAUAUAUUGUUCAGGAAUCUCAAAUCUUUGAUAUUUUUAGAUAUUUCACAUAACAAGAUUGUUCAAUUCACUUACGGUACUUUCGAUCACUUGAAAAAUUUGCAGUUUUUGAAUCUUUCACACAAUGAAUUCACACAACUACAAUCACAUGUUCUGAGUCCUGUACAAAAACUGUCGGAAUUAGAUAUUCGUAACAAUCGAAUUGAUAAACUUGAUAUCAAGACGUUUUUCUACCAUUGUUCUGGUGUGAAGAAAAUUGAUUUGGACGGUAACUUUUGGAAAUGUAAAGAUUUAACUAAUGUUGUAACGUACUGUCAAUAUAAAAGUAUAGAAGUAGUAGGAGGAAGUUCGACUGAUUUGGAAAAUGUUCGAGGAAUACAAUGCUACAAUGAUGACUUUUUAUCAAAAAGCAAUUCGAACCCUAAAAAUAGUGCAUUUCUUGAUUUUCUCAAGAAAGAUUUCGAAAAGAGCCAUUUCUAUGAAUACUUUAAAAAAUACGUGGAUGGAGAUAGUUUGAACGAUUCCUUAUUAAAUUUUUUUAACGAGGAAUAUAACCCCAAUGAUCUCAUCAAGUAUUUUAAAAACUUGCGACUUCACAAUGGUGAUGAAUCUGAAAGUUCCUCCGAAAAUGUUAUAUAUGGCUUAUCCUUGUUUGUAUUAGUUUUGAUAUUUAUUACGGUAUUCACCAUGUUUGUUUUAAUGUUCGUGAAAAAUCCAUUCAAGCUUACUAGAAAUAUAAAUCUUCAAGAAAACGUAGAACUGUGAAUUGUUUUUGAGCAAACCUCAAAUGACAGGAGUGUAAUUUUAGAGUAACAUGGACUGAAAAGUCCCGGGUCUAGGAAAGAAAACGCGUUUUUUAUCAAAAAUUGGCUUCAUUCAUCAACGUAAUCUCCAUCAAUAAUCAAGAGCCAUACACAUUUUUUUCUUUGCCAUAUGCGGUCAUUUCUUUGUAAUCUCGACCUUAAAACGCUCCAAUAACGCUAUAUAAUAUUCACUGUUGAUGGUAUUUUCCUUCUCAAGAUACUCGAGGAAUAUUACACCACACACAUCCCAAAAUACCGAAGCCGUAGCCUUUCUAGACGAUUUUUCGGCUUUCGGGCGUUAUGGGCGAGGUUAACCAGGUGCUCUCCACUCAGAUGACGAUCGUUUUGAUUCCAGAGUGAUCCAUGGAUUUAUCUUUAAUCUAUUGUCACAUAUCGACGCAAAAAUUACGGUUUGUUAUGUUUAAACAUGGCCAAACACUGCUCAGAAUC